AUGCUCAACGCACUGUUUCAACGCCUUCAAUCCUACGGUUUCGUUCUGAGGGAAGAAAAGUGCAACAUUCUGCAGCCGGAGGUAAAGUAUUUGGCGCACAUCGUAGACGAGAACGGUCUCCGUCCAGACCCAUCCAAGGUGGAAGCCAUUGUCAAGAUGCCACCGCCCAAAGAUGUCACAACUCUACGCUCGUUCCUUGGUGCGGUGAAUUUCUACGCAAAGUUUGUCCCGGAGAUGCACCAACUGCGGCGGCCACUCGACGCGCUGCUGAAGAAGGAUGUCAAAUUCGUUUGGAACAGCGAGUGUCAGAAAUCGUUCAGGCGCUUCAAGGAAUCCGGAAUCGGUGCCUGCCUUCUACACAGGUUCCCCGAUGGCUCACUCAAAGUUGUUGCACACGCUUCUCGCUCGCUCACCCCCGCGGAGGCAAAUUACGGACAGAUCGAGAAGGAAGGUCUUGCACUGGUGUUUACCGUAACGAAAUUCCAUCGGAUGCUGCUCGGACGCAAGUUCACCCUCCAGACGGAUCAUCAGCCACUCCUGCGGGUAUUCGGACAGAAGAAGGGUAUUCCGUUUGGAUAUGCCGACGUACUGUCCCGCCUCAUCAACGGUUACGUCAAACCAGAGGAGGACUUCAUCAUCGCAUCGAUUCAACUGGAAAACGACAUCGAGAUUCCACUGCAGGAAACCAUCAGUUCGCUGCCAGUUACGUUCAAAUCGGUGCGCGGCGCUACUUUCCAGUGCCCGGUUCUCCAACUAGUGAUCCAGUACAACCAGCGUGGAUGGCCCUCCAAAAUCUAUGACAUCGCUAACCCUGAAGUUCGCCCUUUCUUCGCUCAUCGAGAAGCUCUAUCGGUAGUGAAGGGUCGUGGCCACUCGCUCAAUCUCCCUGACUUCGCCGGCCCAAUCAACGGUCUGCACUUCCUCAUAGUGGUGAACACCUUCACCAAGUGGCCGGAAAUUCGCAUCGUUCGAUCCCCGACAACAUCAGCAGUGACCGAGUUCCUCGACGAGCUGUUUGCCCGUUUUGGCGUUCCCAACGUCACCGACAAUGGAACGCAGUUCACGUCGGAACAGUUCGCGGUUUUGUGCAGGAAGAACGGCAUUCAACAUUUCCGGACAUCGCCGUAUCACCCACAGUCCAAUGGCCAGGCGGAGAGAUUUGUGGGCACCUUCAAGAGGUCGUUGCGCAAAAUCAACGAGAGGGAAAGCAUCUCGGAAUCGCUCCAGACGUUCCUCCAGGUCUACCGAACCACUCCCAGUCGUGUUCUGAAUGGCAGAACUCCUUCGCAGCUGAUACUUGGUCGAAACAUCAAGAUGGUCCUCGAUCUCCUGCAUCACCAACAACCGAAGCCAGUUGUCACGGAAAGAACACUGAGUGCUCGCGACAUAGUCUACGCCAAGGUCUACCGCAACAACACCAAGUGGCAGUGGGCAUCCGGCGUAAUCAUCAAGGUCAUUGGACGGGUCAACCACAACGUGCUACUGGACGAUUGGCAUGGACGGAGGAAGCUCAUCAGAUCGCACUCCAACCAGCUAAAGCAUCGUUCCUGUGAAGCAACAACCGGCGCAGCAGAUUCCACACCACUGGGUAUCCUGGUGGACAUGUUUGGAAUUCAAUCUCCUGGACCAGCAGUACAGCCCGCUCAACAAGGUCAAGCCGAGCAGGAACCACUUCCUGUUCCAUCAACCUCCAACGUCCGAUUCCAGGUCCAGCCACGAACCGAGGUGCAAGUAGUGCCAACGGUUUCCAACCAAGAAAUCGAAGCAGGUUCCAGUCAACUCGAUGAUGUUUCCGAACGCGGUCGCAUCCAGACCGACCAACCAGAACCGGAGCAUGAAGAAGAUAACCAGCCACCUAUAGAUCCCGUUCCAGAAUCACCAUCGGUCCGGCCACAGAGAGUGAUCCGGAUGCCGUCCAGAUUCGAGCCGUACCUGUUCUGCAAAUAA